UCCGUUGGCGCUUAAACCCUCGGAAAAAACCUAGCUUGUAUGGUCCUAUUGUCUCCUCUUUUCCCUUCCACUUCACAUCUUCUUCAUUGCCCCUUCACCAAAUCAGUCGAAAAAACUCUUCACAAAAGCUAUAAUCUUUAUCUCCGGAGAUGCUCGAAGUUUAUCGGAGCAGCUCAGUUGAGUGGAAGCCAUCACCGGUGGUAGCCUUAGCUACCAGCGCCGACGAUUCUCAAGUCGCCGCCGCUCGUGAAGACGGUUCUCUUGAGAUUUGGCUUGUUUCUCCUGGAUCAGUCGGCUGGCACUGUCAGCUCACUAUACACGGGAAUCCAAAUUCUAGGGUUUCUUCGCUGGUUUGGUGUCGGUCGGGCUCCGGUGGUUCGCCUGCUGGUCGGUUGUUUUCUUCCAGCAUUGAUGGAUCGGUUUCUGAAUGGGACCUUUUUGAUUUGAGACAGAUUGUGCUAGAUUCUAUUGGUGUUGCAAUAUGGCAGAUGGCUGUGGAGCCAUGCAGUAAUUCGCAGCUUAAUCAAAAGCAGUCUCCCAAACAUUAUGAGAAUGGCCACGUUAAUCAUAGAAAUAGCGAGAGCAGUGAUAGUGAGAGCAGUGAAAGCGAAGAUAGUGAUGACUCAGUAGAGCUUCACGAGGAUCAUGCUAGUGAUAAUAGCCGAAUAGCAUUUGCUUGUGAUGAUGGCUGUGUAAGAAUUUAUAUAGUCAAUGAUGAUGAAAACUUAACUUGCAAAACAAAAUUCCCAAGUGUCAGUGGACGAAUAUUGAGUGUCACUUGGAGUUCUGAUGCAAAUAGGAUAUUUUCUGGGAGUAGUAAUGGGAUUAUAAGAUGCUGGGAUGCCGAACGUAAUCAUGAAAUCUACAGGAUAUCAGUUGGUCUUGGAGGGCUGGGUAGUGGAUCUGAACUAUGCAUAUGGUCGUUACUUGCAUUGAGAUGCGGUACCCUCGUCAGUGCUGAUAGUACCGGGAGUGUUCAGUUCUGGGACACCCAACAUGGGACUCUUGUGAAUGCACUUUCCAAUCAUAAAGGCGACGUAAAUGCUUUAGCAGCAUCUCCCAGCCACACUAGGGUGUUUUCUGCUGGCUCUGAUGGCCAGGUUAUACUUUAUAAGCUCUCUAUGGAUUUUGCUGGGGCUAACGAUGGAAAUAUAACCUCUAGAGUCAUGAAGAAAUGGGUUUAUAUUAGUCAUGUGAGGGCCCACACGCAUGAUGUGAGGGCCUUGACUAUUGCUGUGCCCAUCAGUCACGAAGAUACCAUAGUUGAACGGGACUUAAAGAUACCUCGAUCUAGGUCGAAUCCCCUUGGUUUCAGUUACCAUAAAUGGGCACAUUUAGGCGUGCCGAUGCUUAUCUCAGGUGGUGAUGACACUAAACUUUUUGCAUACUCUGCAAGGGAGUUUACCAAGUUUUCUCCACAUGAUAUUUCUCCUGUACCGCAGAGGCCGCAUAUACAACUUGCAGUAAAUACAAUAUUUAAUCAGGCUGCGUUACUCUUAAUCCAAGCUUCCUACUGGAUUGAUGUAUUGUUUGUUCGAGCUGUGUCUGGUGGAGCUGCUAAGACAGAUCUGGUGGCCCGAGUUAAGUGUAAAGCUUCAAGGAAAAUAACAUGUAGUGCAAUUUCUCCUUCUGGUGCCCUUUUUGCUUUUUCUGAUCAUGUAAAAUCUUGCCUUUUUGAGCUUAAGAGAGUUACUUCCAGUAAGAGUCCAUGGGCAGUCAACAAAAAGCAUCUUCCUUUGGAUCUGCCAUUUGCCCAUUCAAUGGUUUUCAGUGCUGAUUCUUCUCGGUUGAUGAUAGCAGGGUGUGACAGAAGGGUCUAUGUGGUGGAGGUAGGAAGCUCAGAACUAGUUCAUGUCUUUACACCUCGUCGUGAAGAGCAUGUUGAAGAACUAUUCCCUGCUGAACCUCCCAUAACUAGAAUGUUCAUCAGCACCGAUGGGCAAUGGCUAGCUACUAUAAACUGCUUUGGAGAUGUGUAUAUAUUUAAUCUAGAGACACAGAGGCAACAUUGGUUUAUAUCAAGAUUGGAUGGUCAUUCAGUUACAGCCGGUGGUUUUAGUCCUCAAAAUAGCAAUGUGCUUAUAGUAUCAACUUCUUCGAACCAGGUAUAUGCCUUAGAUGUUGAAGCUAAGCAGUUAGGGGAAUGGUCGAAUCAUAAUACAUUUGCACUGCCGAGAAGAUAUCAAGAAUUUCCUGGAGAAGUGAUUGGGAUUUCAUUCCCACAGUCUUCCGGUUCUUCAUCUGUCAUUGCCUAUAGUCCAAGGGCAAUGUGCUUGAUUGACUUUGGGAAGCCAGUGGAUGGUGAUGAUGAGGCUGACUUAGCCAAUGGUCAAGAUUUAGCUUCAAAGAAGCUACAUAGUACUCUCGUGAAUGGGAGUGUGAAUGGAAGUUUGAAGCGCAAGUUAAAGGGAAGUGACUUGGAGACGAAACAAAAUGGUAGAAAGAAUUUUGAGUUUCAUGCCUUCAGAGACCCCGUCUUAUUUGUUGGACAUCUUUCAAAAACGUCUACCUUAGUCAUAGACAAACCUUGGAUUCAAGUGGUUAAAAGUUUUGAUACUACACCUGUUCACAGACAUAUUUUCGGGACAUAACUUGUUUUGUGCCAGGUGGUUUUUGUUUCAUUUUAGUAGGGAAAUUUAGAGGGGCGAUUCUAGUCCAUUUGCAGUGUUAGGUUUUUCUUGGUUGUCACUUGGGGGAAUAGGUGAUGAAAGCAUGUUGUGUAAUGUAUUCUUUUGAUAGUCCAGUUAACCUGUGAAAUCAAUUUUGAUGUUCAAUAUAAUCGUUUCGUUUUAUAUACAAGA